GGGGGGCGGGGCUGACCUCCGGCCCCCUCUCGGCCCGGGAAAGAGGCGUCGUUUUCUGCGUCCCGCCCUGCGUGCAACCCCGAGCAGACCAGCCGUACCCCGGUCCUCAGCAAGGGAGGCAGGUUUGCUGUGUGACCCCCAAGUGAAGGAUCCUCGUUCCCAUCCCUGAAACUCCUUGAGUCUUGGCCUCUGUCUUUUCUGCAGAAAGAAGUCCUGCAGAAAAAUCCUGCUAGCUGGAAUGAUCCACUUUUGCCUCUGAAACUCCUUGCCCCAAAGUGUCAUCAUUUGCACACAGUAACAUCCUGACAUUGCAGGGCUUAGUUGCCCCUCCCAUUUGGUCCUUUCCUGCCUAAAGAUGGAGGCCAUGGAAGAGAAUGGCCUGCAAGCGGAAAGCAGCCCUGAUGCAGCUGAGGUUAGGAGCACUGAAGAAAGAUUUGUCCAGAAAAGCCUAUGUGCCGACACCACCAGCCCAGAUGCACAAAGCCAGCACUUCAGACAGAUCUGCUACCAGGAAGCCAAGGGGCCUCGAGAGGUUUGCAGCCGACUCCACAGCCUUUGCCAUCAGUGGCUGAAGCCAGAGAGACACACACAAGCUCAGAUGCUGGACCUGGUGAUCCUGGAGCAGUUCCUGAGCAUCCUGCCCCCAGAAAUGGAGAGCUGGGUGAGAGAAUGUGGAGCAGAGACCAGUUCCCAGGCAGUGGCCCUGGCAGAAGGUUUCCUUCUGAGCCAAGCAGAAGCCAAGAAGCAGGAAGAGCAACAGCUGGAGAGACUGGCAGCAGAAAUGGCUGCUGAUCUCUCUGAGGCAGAGGAGGCUCCACUGUACACCGCAGAAAAGCCACCCUUUAGGUGGAUGGUGCAGGAGGGUGACCGAGGUGCCAGCUUGCUGGGCAUUGGAAAGACCCCGGGGCCUCCUUCCAGGCCUUCUCCUCUAGGAGGAAGGGAUGUGGUUGCUACACCGUUCUCAGAAAAGGCUCCAUUGACCUUUGAGGAGGUGGCUGUGUACUUCACGGAGGAGGAGUGGGCUCUGCUGGAUGCUGCCCAAAGGGCUCUGCACAAGGAAGUCAUGGAGGAGAAUUCUGGGCAUCUGGCCUCUCUGGAACAACUUUUGGUUUCCAAACCUGACCUUGCUUCCUGGCUGGAGAAAGAGGAAGGACCACUUGAUGAGGGCUCCGCAGAAGGAGAGAGAUGUGCAGGCAAUGAGAGAGAGAGAGAAAUGCAGUGGAGAAAACCUGAAGGAAAUCAAAAGUGGGGAGAGAAAUCAAUUGUUUCCAAAGGAUCUGACGUGCAUGGAAUUCCUAUCCUGAAAGAAAGUCACAAUGAAAACAGAAGGAAUAAGAUCCCUCUGCAUGCAGAAAUAUUAUAUUGUAAAUCAAACCAUAGCAUGGAUCAAAGAAUCCACAAAGGGGAGAAACCAUAUCAGUGCUCAGUGUGUAGCAAAAGCUUCAACCAGAGCUCAAACCUUAGUUGCCAUGAAAGGAUCCACACAGGGGACAAACCAUUUAAAUGCUCAGAAUGUGGAAAGAGCUUCAACCAGAGCAUACAUCUUACGAUGCAUCAAAGAAUCCACACAGGGGAGAAACCAUAUCAAUGCUCAGUGUGUGGAAAGAGCUUCAGCCGGAGCUCAAACCUUAGUUGCCAUGAAAGAAUCCACACAGGGGAGAAGCCAUUUAACUGCUCAGUGUGUGGAAAGAGCUUCAAACAGAACAUAUAUCUUAGGAAGCAUCAAAGAAUCCACACAGGGUUGAACCUUUCUCAGUGCUCAAUGUGUGGAAGGCGCUUCAAGCAGAGCAUACAUCUUGCUGUGCAUCAAAGAAUUCACAUGGGGUGAAACCCUAUCAGUGCUCAAUGUGUGGAAAGAGCUUCAAGCAGCACACACAUCAUACUAGGCAUCAAAGAAUCCACACAGGACAGAAGCCAUUUAGCCACAGCACCAAUCUUGCUGUGCAUUAAAGUAUCCACACAGGGUGAAACCAUAUCAGUGCUCAAUGUGUGGAAAGAGCUUCAAUGAGAGUUCACGUCUUGUUAUGCAUCAAAGAAUUCACACAGGAGAGAAAGCAUAUCAAUGUUCAAUUUGAGGAGGCGCCAAGAUGGUGACGGAACAGCAUCCUGUUUUAGAGCCUCAGUUUUAAGUAACUUAUUUUUUUCUGAGAUGCCCCCAGUCUUUAAAAAUAAUUUUCACAGCUUAUGUCGGCGACUCCUGGAAGUAAUGCAGGUUUAAGAGUCAUGCAUUGUGACAAGUCCAGACCAGAGUUAGGGUGGGAAGAUCUGGCUCUCGAUUCAAUCCUUGAUACAGCUGUUUUCAAUCCAAGCAAUUCUUGUAAGAGGAUUUGUGGUAUCUCCUCUGUCCCUCCUUUGAUGAACUGUUGAAUAAGCAUGGGGUUUCCCUCUUGAAUCUGGCCUUUAGAUUUGGUCUCUUCAGUCUUCACCUUACUAACUGCAAAAACCUGUGUGGCUUCUACACCUUUUUAAGUGCCAACUGUACCAAUAUCAUGGAUUACUUUCUUGUAUCUCUCACAGGUUCACUCUUUUGGCACACACAAUAAGAGAGUUACCAUCUGCCUUUGGUCAUGACCUUUUCUACAUGUACUGCACCCCUCUCUGUAAUAUGCUAUUACUUGAAGGGUCUUACCCAAGACAAAUGACACCUUAAAUGGGGGUAUUCAUCUUACUGAGAAGGUCACAACCCUGUUAAAUUCUCAGCAGAUGCUGACACAGAGGCAACUUGCAAUCCUACCUAGUUCAGACAUAUACUUUUUCUGAAAUUAUCUCCAUGUUGAACCCUCAUCUGACCACAGCAGGUCAAAUUCGGAGAGGCCAGAUAAGGAAGAGCUGGAUUGUGCAAGAAUGCAGGCUUGAGAGACAAGCCUUGCAACAACUCCAGACCAGAAUUCUGGAAGGAUCUGACUUCUCAGUUCAAUCGUUGAUACAGUUCCAUUUUUAGUACAAGCAGUUCUUGAAAUUCAAGAAACUCUCCUAUUAUAAAGAUCAGUGGGGAGAGCUGGGUCUCUUUAUACUCCAGAUAAAAGACAGGAAGUUCUGGGAAUGGGUGGCAAACUGGCACACAUUCUAAUUCCCUCUCAGAUGCUCAUCUUCCAGCUGAGACAUGGUUUCAAUAUUUUUUGGCCAUUUAUGGUAGUGGAAUGAGACCACUUAUGAUUACCCACUUCCUGAGCCAGGCCUUCUCCUUGAGUAGCCUGCAAUUUCAGGACUAGAGUGCAAGCAGUUGUUUGGUGCCUUGGCCCUUGGGAAAGCCCCAUGGGAGGACAGUGGUGCCUCUUAUGAUAUUUAAAUUGAAUGUCCCCUGAUGAACCCUCAUUCUAGUGAGACUUUUCUCUGAAAUUGACAACACCUGUGUGGUUCCUCAUGUUGGAAAAAAUGUUAUUUUCCCAAUAUACCAAAAAAGAGAGAGAGAAAAGCAAUAGGUAGGAGCCUUUCAACUAUUGCCCAAUCAGCCUCCUGGAUGUAUCUCCAAUUACAUACUCGACACCUUAUAAACAAGUUGGGGGAUUGGGCAGUUAUGUAUUUCCAAAACAAAAUGCAAAGCGCUGGUUAUUGCCUAUAAAACCCUUUACGGCUUGGGUCCAGACUACUUAAGAGAGCACCUUCUUUGUCAUGAACCUGGUUGCCUUCUAAGAUCAUCUGGAGAGGUGUGGUUACGGUUGCUGCUGGCUCAUUUGGUGGUGACCCGGGACUUUUGGAAUAUCCUCUGUUUUUAUGAAGACCCUCAAGACAUACCUGUUCUCCUAGGCUUUUUACUGGAUUUAAUCUGUUUUCUCUUCUGAGAUUGUUUUAUUUUGUAUAUUUCAACUGGUUUUAUAUUUAUAUUUACAUUUUUA